UGGGAGCGCUCCUUGUUGUCAGGCGCGCAGUCCUUCCGACGGGCGCGGGGGUCCGGCGGACGGCCUGUUGCCGUGGAGACGACUCGUGAGUUCGCGUACUGCAGGAGCCUGUGAUGGGUGUGGCCGCCAGUGAUGGGCAGUGGUGCUGAGGCCUCUGAGCAUGAUUCGAAUUGCAGCCUUGAAUGCCAGCUCCACAGUUGAGGAUGAUCAUGAAGGAAGCUUUAAAAGCCACAAGACCCAGACAAAGGAGGCACAGGAAGCAGAGGCUUUUGCCUUGUACCACAAGGCCUUGGAUCUGCAGAAACACGACCGCUUUGAGGAGUCUGCCAAAGCCUACCAUGAGCUCCUGGAGGCGCGCCUGUUGCGAGAGGCAGUUUCAUCUGGUGAUGAGAAAGAGGGGUUGAAACACCCUGGGCUGAUGCUGAAGUAUUCCACGUAUAAGAACCUGGCCCAGCUGGCAGCCCAGCGCGAGGACCUGGAGACAGCCAUGGAGUUCUACCUGGAGGCAGUCAUGCUGGACUCCACGGACGUCAACCUCUGGUAUAAAAUCGGACACGUGGCCCUGAGGCUCACCCGGGUCCCCCUCGCUCGCCAUGCUUUUGAGGAAGGGCUGCGGUGCAAUCCUGACCACUGGCCCUGUCUGGACAACCUCAUCACUGUCCUGUACACCCUCAGCGAUUAUACAACGUGUCUGUACUUCAUCUGCAAGGCGCUGGAGAAGGACUGCCGCUACAGCAAGGGGCUGGUUCUCAAGGAGAAGAUCUUUGAGGAGCAGCCGUGCCUCCGCAAGGAUUCCCUCCGCAUGUUCCUAAAGUGUGACAUGUCCAUCCAUGACGUGUCCGUGAGUGCGGCUGAGUCGCAGGCCAUUGUGGAUGAGGCCCUGGGGCUGCGGAGGAGGCGGCAGGCGCUGACCAUACGUGAGAAGGAGCCAGACCUGAAGCUGGUGCAGCCCAUCCCCUUCCUCACCUGGAAGUGCCUCGGGGAGAGUCUGCUGGCCACAUACAACCACCUCAGCACCUGUGAGCCCCCGCGGCCCAGCCUUGGCAAGAGGAUUGACCUCUCUGACUACCAGGACCCCAGCCAGCCUCUGCUGUCCUCCGUGGGGGUGGCACCUGUCAGUGCAACCCAGCCCAGCCCUGCCAGUGCCAGCCCUGCGGCGACUGUGGCAGAGCCCGUGCUUUCUUACACCCCAGUAGCCACAGCCAGCUUCCCGCUACACAGCCCCAGCCUGUUGGAGACGGGCCUCCCUGCAGGUGAUGUUUCUGGGGGAGAUAAAUCCAAGAAAGGGGUAAAGCGGAAGAAGAUUUCUGAGGAGAGUGGGGAGACGGCAAAGCGGCGGUCUGCGCGUGUCCGAAAUACCAAGUGCAAAAAAGAAGAGAAGGUGGACUUCCAGGAGCUUCUGGUGAAAUUCUUACCAUCCAGGUUGAGAAAGCUGGACCCAGAGGAGGAGGAUGACCCCUUUAACAACUACGAAGUCCCGUCAGAAGCCAAGCUGGAGAGCUUUCCGAGUGUCGGGCCUCACAGGCUGUCCUUUGAUUCUGCCACAUUCAUGGAGUCUGAGAGGCAGGAUGUGCACGCCUUCCUGCUGGAGAACCUGACCAAUGGGGGCAUCUUGGAGCUGCUAGUGCGCUACUUGAAGAGCAUGGGCCACAGGUUCCUGCUGAGGUGGCCGCCGGGGCUGGCGGAGGUGGUGCUCAGCAUCUACCACAGCUGGAGGAGGCACAGCGCCAGCCUACCCAACCCGCUGCUCAGAGACUGCAGCAGCCAGCACAUCAAGGACAUGAUGCUGAUGUCCCUGUCCUGCAUGGAGCUGCAACUGGACCAGUGGCUGCUGACCAAGGGCAGGAGCUCUGCAGUGUCUCCUCGGAGCUGCCCUGCAGGGGUGGUGAACAGCAGGUUCGGGCCUGACUUCCCAGGAACCCACUUCCUGGGGGACCUCCUGCAGCUGUCGUUUGCCUCAUCCCAGCGGGACCUGUUUGAGGAUGGCUGGCUGGAGUUUGUGGUCCGUGUGUAUUGGUUGAAGGCUCGCUUCCUGGCACUGCAGGGGGACAUGGAGCAGGCUCUGGAGAACUACGACAUUUGCACAGAGAUGCUGCAACGCUCUUCGGCCAUCUGCACACAACCAGGGGCCCAGCAGAGGGACAUCGUCAUCCGCCUGCCCAACCUCCACAACGACUCGGUCGUUUCCCUGGAGGAGAUUGACAAGAACCUGAGGUCGCUGGAACGGUGCCAGUCCCUGGAGGAGACUCAGCGACUGUACGAGGCUGGUGACCACAAGGCCGUGGUGCGCCUGCUCCGUCCCACCUUGUGCCCCAGUGGGUUCGACCGGGCCAAGCACCUGGAGUUCAUGACAUCCGUGCCAGAGAGGCCGGCCCAGCUGUUGCUGCUGCAGGACUCCUUGCUCCGGCUGGAGGACCACCAGCAGUGCUUCGAGUGCUCUGACGUGGCUCUGAAUGAGGCGGUCCAGCAGAUGGUUAAUGCUAGUGAUGCCACUGCCAAGGAGGAGUGGGUGGCCACAGUGACCCAGCUGCUCCUGGGCAUUGAGCAGGCACUCUCUGCAGACAGUGGCGGUGGCAUCCUGAAGGACUCAUCCUCUACCACCGGCCUCACCCGGCUCACCAACAACCUCAUUCAGGUCAUAGACUGCAGCAUGGCCGUGCAGGAGGAGCCCAAGGAACCCCAUGUAUCCUCAGUGCUGCCCUGGAUCAUCCUACACCGGAUUAUUCGGCAGGAGGAGGACACCUUCCACUCCCUGUGCCACCAGCAGCAGCUCCAGAACCCAGUGGAUGAAGGUGUGGACCAUGGUCCAGUAGGGGAGGCCCUUGGCCCAGUGAUGGCUGAGCCACCCAUGCUCCCCUCCUCCCUCAUGCUGCUCAACACAGCCCAUGAAUAUCUGGGCCGGAGAUCCUGGUGCUGCAACUCUGAUGGGGCUCUGCUGCGAUUCUAUGUGCGCGUCCUCCAGAAGGAGCUUGCUGCGUCCCCCUCUGAAGACACUCACCCCUACAAGGAGGAGCUGGAGACGGCCUUGGAGCAGUGCUUCUACUGCCUGUACAGCUAUCCCAGCAAGAAGAGCAAGGCCAGGUACCUGGAGGAGCACUCGGCCCAGCAGGUGGACCUGAUAUGGGAGGAUGCCCUCUUCAUGUUUGAGUACUUUAAGCCCAAGACCCUCCCUGAGUUCGACAGCUACAAGACCAGCACUGUGUCAGCCGACCUAGCCAAUCUCCUAAAGAGAAUUGCCACCAUCGUGCCCCGAACUGAGCGGCCGGCCCUGAGCCUGGACAAGGUCUCCGCCUACAUUGAAGGCACCUCUGCUGAGGUGCCCUGCCUCCCAGAAGGGGCUGACCCCUCCCCUCCCGUGGUGAACGAGCUCUACUACCUCCUGGCUGAUUACCACUUCAAAAACAAGGAGCAGUCCAAGGCCAUCAAGUUUUACAUGCACGACAUCUGCAUCUGCCCCAACAGGUUCGAUUCCUGGGCGGGCAUGGCCCUGGCCCGGGCCAGCCGCAUUCAGGAUAAGCUAAACUCCAAUGAGCUGAAGAGUGAUGGGCCCAUCUGGAAGCAUGCGACGCCGGUCCUGAACUGCUUCCGGCGGGCGCUGGAGAUUGACAGCUCCAACCUUUCCCUGUGGAUUGAAUUUGGCACCAUGUCCUAUGCCCUACACUCCUUUGCCUCACGCCAGCUGAAGCAGUGGAGGCCUGAGCUGCCCCCCGAGCUUGUGCAGCAGAUGGAGGACCGGCGAGACAGCAUGCUGGAGACUGCCAGGCACUGCUUCACGUCGGCGGCCCGCUGCGAGGGCGACGGGGAUGAGGAGGAGUGGCUCAUCCACUACAUGCUAGGCAAGGUAGCCGAGAAGCAGCAGCAGCCACCCACCGUGUACCUUCGGCACUACCGGCAGGCUGGCCAUUACCUGCACGAGGAGGCAGCCCGUUACCCUAAGAAGAUCCACUACCAUAACCCUCCAGAGCUGGCCAUGGAGGCCCUGGAGGUGUACUUCCGGCUCCAUGCAUCCAUCCUGAAGCUCCUAGGGAGGCCUGAUUCUGGAGUUGGUGCGGAGGUCCUGGUCAGCUUCAUGAAGGAGGCCGCAGAAGGGCCCUUUGCCAGGGGCGAGGAGAAGAAUGCGCCCAAAGCCUCAGAAAAGGAGAAGGCCUGCCUGGUGGACGAGGACUCCCACUCUUCAGCUGGGACACUGCCGGGCCCCGGAGCCUCCCUCCCCUCCUCUGGCCCAGGUCUGACAUCCCCACCUUACACAGCCACUCCGAUUGACCACGAUUACGUCAAAUGUAAAAAACCCCACCAGCAGGCGACGCCGGACGAGCGCAGCCAGGACAGCACAGCCGUGGCACUCUCAGAUUCCAGUUCCACGCAGGACUUCUUUAACGAGCCUUCCAGCUCCCUGGAGGGUUCCCGGAAGCCCCUCACAGAGAAGAGACCACCUGCACCCAGUUCCCAUGCAGGACCUCCUGGUAAAGACCUUCAAGGUCCUGCAGAGGAGAGAGGGAAGCCUGAGGAGCCCUUGGAGACCAUGGAAGGCAUCAGGGUCACAGAGCAAGGCAGCCAGAAGCCAGCUGCAGACCCCUCAGGCCCUGGCACCCCUGCCAAGCCUCCAGUGUCUGCAGCCGCCACGUGGGAUGGGAGGAGGCGAGGGGAGCCCCCUGGGGAGCCCGCAGCCUUCCCGCAGGGGCUACCGGCUGGCGCCGAGGAGCAGCGCCAGUUUCUCACAGAGCAGUGUGUCGCCUCCCUGCGCCUGUGCCUCAGCCGCUUCCCCCAGCACUACAAGAGCCUCUACCGGCUGGCCUUUCUCUACACCUACAGCAAGACCCACCGGAACCUCCAGUGGGCCCGCGACGUGUUGCUAGGCAGCGGUAUCCCGUGGCAACAGCUGCAGCACAUGCCGGCACAGGGGCUCUUCUGCGAGAGGAACAAGACCAAUUUCUUCAACGGCAUCUGGCGGAUCCCCGUGGAUGAGAUUGACCGGCCGGGCAGCUUCGCCUGGCACAUGAACCGCUCCAUUGUGCUGCUGCUCAAGGUGCUGGCCCAGCUCCGGGACCAUAGCACCCUGCUGAAGGUGUCCUCUAUGCUGCAGCGGACCCCAGACCAGGGCAAGAAGUAUCUGCGAGAUGCUGACCGCCAGGUCCUGGCACAGCGGGCCUUCAUCCUCACAGUGAAGGUUCUGGAGGACACACUGAGCGAGCUUGCGGAGGGGUCAGAACGCCCAGGGCCCAAGGCCUGUGGCCUCUCCGGAGCCAGGAUGACCACUGACGUCUCCCACAAGGCCAGUCCUGAGGAUGGACAGGAGGGCCUCCCCCACCCCAAGAAGCCCCCUCUGGCAGAUGGCUCAGGGCCGGGGACCGAGCCCGGGGGCAAAGCAGGCCCCCUCACCCACCGGCCUGUGGCUAUGGAUGCAGGAGAGGGCACAGACCAGGGCGGGGAGCGGAAGGACAGGGAGAACCCCCGGGCAGGGCCCACAGAGCCCAUGGACACAGGGGAAGCUGCUGCCCGCUGCUCAGACUCAGAGCGGGUACCACCCCUGCAGCCAGGCCGACCCCUCAGGGACCGGGGCCCAGAGAGCCGGCCUGCAGAGCUGUCUCUGGAGGAGCUGAGCAUCAGCACCCGGCAGCAGCCUGGCCCACCUGGCCCAGCCCCACCAGCCACAGCCCCCACCGCCACUACCCCCAGACCCAGGGUGGGCAGCCACCCCGAGGAGGCACCACCACGACCCAGCCGCAAGAGGAAACUUCUGGAGGACACAGAGUCUGGCAAGACGCUCCUGUUGGAUGCCUACCGUGUGUGGCAGCAGGGCCAGAAGGGCAUGGCCUACGACCUGGGCCGCAUUGAAAGGAUCAUGGCCGAGACCUACAUGCUCAUCAAGCAGGUGGACGAGGAGGCUGCGCUGGAGCAGGCCGUGAAGUUUUGUCAGGUCCAUCUUGGGGCUGCCGCCCAGAGGCAGGCUGCAGGGGACACACCCACCACCCCAAAGCACCCCAAGGACAGCCGAGAAAACUUUUUCCCUGCGGCUGUGGCCCUCACGGCCUCCGAGCCCAUGCCGACAGAUGUCCUCCAGCGGCCCAGUGAUGCCCACACCAAGCCUCGUCCUGUGCCAGCCACCACCUCGGCUGUCAUCACUUGUCCUCCCUCGGCGUCAGCUUCUACCCCAGACCCGGCUGAGGACCCUGGGCCCCCACAGCUACACAGGCCCGAGGCCACCUCCCUGGACCCAGACUGCCACGUGUUCCCCUGGAGAGCCCCUGCUACGGUCCCUCGCUGCCUUCCUGCACACUACAGGCUGGGACCCAGUUUCCUGCAGACGCCACCUGGCCCACAAGCAAGCAAAGGUUCCUCUCACUGAAGUGGUCAGGCCUCCAAGGAUGGGGGGUGGGCGCUCUGGGCUGGGGCAAGACUUACCUCCCCUUGCAGGGUACCACCCACCAGGCAGGCCCCAGGCCUGUGGAGGAGCCAGGGAGAAGCUGAGAGCCAGGGCCUGGGGGCCUCUAGGACACUGGGCCUUGGGAACCCAGCAGCAAGGCUGUGAGUCUGCAAUGGGGAGCAGGGAGAGUUGGCUCAGGGGCUCAGGAUUCUAGCCUGGCCCGCUGCUUCCACAGAGGGAGCCCGAGAUGGCCUGAUGACUCUUCCCUGAAAACUAAGCCCCCAGGCCAGGCCUCACCCCAGCAGGCCCAGAGUGGUCCUUCUCACAGACUGCCUGGCUGGGGCAGUGUCUCUGCUGGUCACUAGGCCCCGAGUGUCUGUCAUUUUGGCAGCCCACCAAGAAGGGAGGGCCUGGGGAGCGUGGGCCAUGCCUUGGGGCAGGAGGGAGACUGGUACCUGGUUCCUCUGAGGACACCAUUCACUUCCUGCCAGUCCACCACUUCCCAUCCCUGUCCUUGCUCUCAGCAAGGAAGCUACCUGCCCUCCCACUCAAGCAGCCUCUCCAGGUCACUCGGCCAGGUACUCGGGGAACCAGUAUCAGGCACUGCCACCUAUGGAGGGACUGGGCCUGUGUUGUGGGUGCCUGCCCAGCAUGGUAACCUGCAUCCUACCCUAGAGCCAGUGGGGCAGGAGCCUCUGAGGUGUUUGUCCCCGUCUGUAGCAUCCUGAGACUGGGCCCAGGGACACUGCUGGCUGGUCAGACUGAGGAAGGGAGGGUCUGAGGUCAUGCAGCAAGGAGGCUGCUGUCCUUCAGGAGCUGGAGCCAACAAGCAGUAGGCACAUCUUGUUUCCUGCCUGGCUAAGGAGGGCUUGGUGUCAGCUGCUCCGGGCAAAGUGGGGGGGUGGCGGGGGGUAGGGUCAUGGCCAGUGUGGUGGGAGAGUCCAGGGUCCUAUGAAAAGGAUGAGGACAGCAGCAUGAAGAAUGAGAGUGUGGGACUGGAGGCCAGGCUGCACCAGUGCUGACUGACUGCCUGCCUGGCACCACUGAGGCCAAUUCCCUGCCCUGCCUCGCUCCCGAAGGUGUGGCCUGGCAGGGGGGUGCUGUGCCCACUGCUGUUCCAUCUACUCUGACCUUAGCUAGAUUUUUCGGUUCUAAUGGCCACUCCCACGAGCCGGGUGGGGCCCCACUGUGUCAGGUUGACAUUGUGUCCACUGAGUGGUUUCCUGCCGGUGCCAGCCUAGCCCCACCGUGUGUUUGCUCCAGGGGAGCCUCUGCUGGUCCAUAGCCAUGGGUAGAGGUGGAGAGCCCAGUCCCAAGGUGGGGGAACAGGUCAUCCA